AUGGCUGCGGCGCCGGGGCCCGGCCCGGAGGGCGGCCGGGGCUGCGAGGCCGGGCGGAGGGCGGCCGGGGCCGGGGUCGCGCGCGGGCUCCGCGCCUCCGCUCCCUCGAGCGCGCCCCCCUCGCACACGGGGCCCAGUCGGGAGCGGCGCGUGCGCGUGCGAGACGCGAGUGCGUGCGCGCGCCCUGCCGGGGCCCCGCGCCCAGUGCUCGGGAUCCGGGCGGCUGUGGCGGCGGCCGCGGGAGCAGCGGGAGCCUCACGAGCCGGGCGGGCGUCCCAGAGGCAAGACCUCUGGGCCAGCCCCCCGCGGCGGCUGGCCCCGCCCUUGGCACGGCCUCGGCAGCCAGCCAGAAAGCCGUGUAACCUUCCGCCGCCCGUCUGCCAGGAGAGGAAAAAGAGUGCCCCCAACACGCCGGUGCCGGCCCCUGCCGAGGCCUGCCAGGAGGGGAUGCGAGGGCAACACUCCCUUCUUGCAAUAGCAAGGAGACGGUCACGCUUUGUAACUAGGGCAGGCCUCAUUGACACCAGCAGCCGACGGUUUUAUGUGCAAAGCGAACACACCGGCCGCGCGGCUUCCCAAACCCCCUCUCUCCCUUCUGCCCCGGGGGCUUCUGCGGACUGGCUACUGCCCCUCCCCGCCGUGGCUGCGGUGGCCAAGUGA